AGUCAUAAAUUUAGACAAUUAAUAGAAACAUUGUCACAAUAUGAACUCAAACAAAGACAUCAUAUAUUAAAAGCACAUGCUGUAGCUCAGAAAUCACUAUCUACAGAUUUUUUAAGUUUGAAG